AUGGCGGCCAAUCUUACCACAUCAAUAACUCAAUUCAUCCUCAUGGGAUUCUCAGACAUCUGGGAGGAGCAAGUCCUCCAUGCUGUGCUGUUCCUACUCAUCUACCUGCUAGCUCUCCUUGGAAAUAUUAUCAUAAUUCUUCUCACCACCUUGGAUGAGCACCUUCACAGUCCUAUGCACUUCUUUCUGAGGACACUGUCAUUCUUAGAUGUCUGUUUCAUCUCUGUCACAGUUCCUAAAUCCAUCAUUCAGUCGCUGACCCAGAAUAGUUCUAUAUCAUUUCUAGGAUGUAUAGCCCAAGUAUUUUUGGUUGUUUUAUUUGCUUGUACAGAACUAGCCCUGCUCACAGUGAUGUCCUAUGAUCGAUAUGUGGCUAUUUGCCGCCCUCUCCAUUAUCAGCUCAUCAUGAGUAAAGAGGCCUGUGAACAGAUGGUGGCUGCCUCAUGGUUCAGUGGGAUUGUAUCUGGAUUCUUGAAUACAUCUGUGACUUUCUCAUUACCAUUUUGUAAGGAAAAUUUUGUCCACCAGUUCUUCUGUGAAAUCCCUUCAUUACUCAAACUCUCUUGCUCAGAGAAGUACCUUGCUGAGAUUGGAGCCAUAGUGAUCACAACAUCCCUGGGUAUCUUGUGUUUCAUUUCCAUCUUGGUUUCUUACAUCCACAUCUUCUCCACAGUUCUAAAGAUCCCAUCAGUGGAAGGCAGGUCAAAAGCCUUCUCAACAUGCAUCCCUCAUCUCGUGGUUGUUACUAUUUUUCUCAACACAGGGUCAAUUGCUUACCUAAAGCCAGUGUCAGAGUCCCCUUCUAUCUGGAAUUUAAUGGUGUCUGUCUUCUAUACCAUGCUACCACCAACCCUGAACCCCAUAAUCUACAGCCUGAAGAACAAGGAUAUGAAAAUUGCAUUCUGGAAAAUGCUAAGAAAGACUGUCUUUAUUUACAGCAAUAACAACAAUAAUAACAAAAUCAUCACAGCUACAUCCCUCAAUUCAAACAAACAUGAAGUAAUUUCUGUUAGUAGAAGAAGACUCCCUGCUAUAUAA